CUUCUUCCUUUCCUUUCCUUUCACCUCUUUAUUAUCUCAAUGAUCAUAAAUUUCUCAUUUUAAGUGAAUUCAAAGAGCAAAGUCAUUAUCACAAUCACAUUUUCUCCCCUUAGUUUCUAACUUCAUUUUCUAGUCUUGUUUCUUCUAUAUUUAGUAACUUAAAUAUUCACUCUAGUCCCCAUUUUCUCAAGAAAAUUCCUACCCUUUUCUUUUCUUGUUUUUCCAAUGGAGAAGGGAAAUUUAUUUACAAAUGAUGGUAACACUACAAUAGGCAAUUAUGGACUUGAAAUUCAAGAAAAUGAGCAAAUUCAAAAUUGUUUUUUUAAUCCAAAUUGGGAAAAUUCUGAUCCAUUUGAGUCUGCAUUAAGUUCUAUGGUAUCAUCUCCAAAUGCCAAUAUUCCAAAUAAUAGUAGUGGUGAUAAUUUUGUACUAAGGGAAUUAAUUGGUAGAUUAGGUAGUAUUUGUAAUUCAAGAGAAAUGUCACCAAAUUCCAAUAUGAUUAAUAGUAGUACUAACAAUUCUUGUUAUACUACUCCAUUAAAUUCUCCACCAAAAUUAAAUCUUUCUAUGAUGGGCAAUUUGUCACAUAAUCAAUUGCCACAAUUUAGUGCUGAUCCUGGAUUUGCUGAAAGAGCAGCAAAAUUUUCUUGUUUUGCUAAUAAAACUUUCAAAAGUUUUAAUGAAGCUGAAUUGUUGCAACACAAUAGACAAAUUGUAGCACAGCCAAAUUUGGAAAGUGGGAAACUUUCAAGAGUUUCAAGUAAUCAGUCUAUUAAAGUCUCAUCUGGAUCUCAAAUUCAAGAAUUCAAAGAUGUGAAUUUAGCUACAAAAAAUUCAGAAUUUGGUGAUUCAAGGGAAAAUUCUUCAGUUUCUGAGCAGAUUCCAGUUGGUGAAAAUGAUACCAAUUCAAGAAAAAGGAAAUCAAUUUCCAAGGGAAAAUCCAAGAAUGCUAAUGUUUCAUUAGAGAAAAAUGAAUCAAAUGCUAAAAGAAGUAAGUCUGAGGAGAAUAAUGGAAAUGAUAAAGCAAAAGAAGAGGAAAAAGCUGCUAAAAAAGAAGAAAAAGCUGUUCCAGAGCCACCAAAGGAUUAUAUUCAUGUGAGAGCUAGAAGGGGACAGGCCACAGAUGCACAUAGUCUAGCUGAAAGAGUGAGAAGAGAGAAAAUAAGUGAAAGAAUGAAGCUUCUACAAGAUCUUGUACCAGGCUGCAAUAAGGUGACUGGAAAAGCAGUGAUGCUGGAUGAGAUUAUUAACUAUGUACAAUCACUUCAACGCCAAGUUGAGUUCCUUUCAAUGAAGUUAGCUACUGUAAAUCCUAGAAUGGACUUUAAUAUGGAAGCUCUUCUUUCCAAGGAUAUGUUUCAAUCUAGAGGAUCAUUGGCACAAAACAUGUAUUCAUCAGAAACUUCAGCACAAGCAUUUCCUUAUGGAUUUCAAUCUCAGCCAGGACAAAACUUUCAUAAAGGAACAGAGUUUCCAUUUCCAAUAAACUCCUUGAAUAAUAAUUUGGCUAGAAAUUCAAAUAUGCAAUUGCCUUCUCUAGAUGGUUAUGUUGAAUCUACCCCUCAGGUCCCCCCAUUCUUUGAGGAUGAUCUCAAUAGUGUUGUUCAAAUGGGCUUUGGCCAAAAUCAGAACCAGAGUUAUCCUGGUAAUAUUCCUACUUCACAAAUGAAAGUUGAGCUAUGAC